AUGGCUACAGCUGCAGAUAUCUCACAGCAACGUCAUUGCUCCAUCUGUAAAAACCCAUGUGAAGAUUCAGUCACCAGGAGCUGUGGACACAACUUUUGCAAGAGCUGUCUGGAUCAGCAGGUAAACAACAUGGGUGAUUGGGAGUGUCCUCACUGCGUUGAGGAUCUUCAGCGGGCACAGAUGGAUGACCUGAGUCUCUUUUACACUGGUAAAAAUGGUGAGAUCCCUUGCGACAUCUGUGAGGAAAACCGUCCUUUCAAAGCAGAGAAGUCCUGCUUGACCUGUUUACUGUCAUACUGUAAGCGUCAUCUGAAGCAGAAUCACUCUAUGGAGAGGCUGAGGGGUCAUAAACUGAUAAAACCAGUGGAGAAAUUGGAUGAGAGAGCAUGCAGUGCCCACGGCAGACCUCUGGAUCUCUACUCUACCCGAGACAAAUGCUGCAUCUGUGCCUUAUGUGUGACACCUGGUCUAGAUGUCAUACCUGUGGAGACAGAGAGACACAGGAGAGAGGCCGAACAGCAAAGGACUAUUGUGGAGUUGGAAAGUGUGAUUGAAAUGGGAGAAAUCAAAAUUAAAGACCUUGAGAAUACACGGGUAGAAGGAGCUAUUGACAUGGGAUUUUCACCAGAUUUUGGUAACAACCAAGGGGCAACCUUCCGAUCUUUAUCGUGUUGUAUGACAGGGCCCAAAGUCACAGAGAAUGAUCAGUCGCUCCUCUACUCUUCACAGGCUGAGAUAAACAGAGAGGAAACAGAGAUACAGAAGGUGUUUGCUGCAGUGAUGGAUGCUGUGAGGAGAGCUGAGAAGGAGCUGCUUGCUCCUCUAGAGAAUGGAUUAAGGAAUCUGGAGAGAGAGAUGAAGGAGAAGUCACAGAAGAUUGAGAAGGACAUCACAAAACACAAAGAAACCAUUAACCGGUUGAAUCAAACUCAGAACGAAGAAGACGACAUCCUCUUUCUCCAGUCGUAUCCAUCUGUGACUGCUGAAGUCAGAGAUGAUUUGAGUGUUUCUAUUGACACUAAACUAAACUUUGGCUCCAUGAGAAAUAUAACCACAUCUGUUUUGACUUCUAUUAACACUCAGCUGGAGAAUCUUUGCUCUUUUGAAAUGAGAAGAAUUCAGAGUUGUUUAGUGGAUGUGAUUCUGGAUAAAGAAACUGCACAUCCAGCUCUGGAAGUGUCUCAAGAUGGCAAAUCUGUAAGAGUCAAAGCAAAUGCUCACAACCUGAGUGACCUCAAUCUGGUGAAUGGAAUCCUGGGAAAUCCUCAGAUCAAGUCUGGAAAAGCAUUCUGGUUAGUGGAGGUGGGACAACAAUCGGGCUGGAAACUGGGUGUAGUGAGAGAAAAUGCAAACAGGACAGGAAAAGUCUCCUACAAACCCAGUGAUGGUUAUUGGGUCAUUGUGUUCUGUGAUCCAAACAUAUACAUAGCUUAUGAAGAUCGUCCCGUUCAGCUGCAUCUCUCCAACAAACCUAAGAAGAUAGGAGUGUUUGUCGACUAUGAGAGCGCUCUCAUCUCCUUCUAUAAUAUGGACGAUCUGUCACACAUUUACACAUUCACUCAGUGUAGAUUCAAUGGAACAAUACGUCCAUAUUUUAAUCCUCCUCUCAAUAAAGAUCAUUCAGAUCCAAUGAUAAUUUCUACUCUUAAUCCAACAAUGUAACAUAUACAGUAAACACCUCACCACACA